CGGGGCGGGUUAAGCAAGAGUCUAUAGUUUUUCGAGUCAAUCCCAUGAGCCUGGUCCAUGCGCUCAGCUGGUCCGGUGGGGUUUGCUCCGAAGGCCGCGGGGCUCAAAGGUUUGCCCCUCCUGUGGCCAUGAGCGUUCCAGCGAACGAAGCCGAAGCUUCCAAGCCCAGCGAAGAUGAUCGGCAGCUGCCCGCCUCCCCCGAGCAGAAGCCGGUGCUCAAUCUGGGUAGUGAUACCUCAUCCAUUGUGUCCAUGCCGGGAUCACCUGGAACCAUGCGAUCUUCUCGCUGCAGCAUCCUCACCAUCCCCAUGGAUCCAGAGCUUUUGCGAGCCGUGCCCCUGGACCUGGUGCUUGCACGCUUCGGCCGGCACUUGGAGCCACCCGAUCAGGGCAUGAUGAAUGUGGACUCCAAGCUCUACCAUCUGAGCAGGCAAGUGGAUCGAAUCGACCACUUUCUGAGCCACGAUUGGUCGACGGCGCGCAGAUGGAAGGUUUGCGCGCUCCUGGUGCUCUUCAACACCGUGCCUGCUUGCUUGGUGACCACCUUCCUGAGCUUCACAUUUGGAUUUGUUCUGUCCAUUUGGGCUCCGGGAUACAAAGAUCUUGUGGGAGUCGAACGUGUCUGGCGUGUGAGCAUGGGCAUGACUAGCUUCUGGCUUUGCUUAUGCUUAUGGCAGCGGAUCCGGCGUCUUUGGAAGCAGAACGUGGUCUUCCUCGACAAGCUGUGUAUUGCGCAGCAUGACGAGGAGUUGAAGAAGAAGGGCAUCUUCGGACUCUCCACGUUCCUCGAGCAUUCAGAGACUUUGACCAUCCUGUGGUCGCGACGUUAUUUCUCGAGACUUUGGUGCGUGUUUGAGCUUUGCACCUUCUUGCGCCAUGAACAUAACAAACGAGUUGUGAUGAUGCCUGUGAACCUUGCGUCGCUCUUCCUGCUUGUGAUCGUUUUGAAUCAGGUCGUCACCAUGAUGAACGUGCUGUUCGAUACAGUGACGGGGCUCAGCGUGUCCGCUCAAAUUACCAUAAGGAGCCUUCUUGUCAUUCCUGCUUAUGCGGUCAUGAUCGAUGCCGGCAUGGAAUUGAUUCGAGACUUGCGAGACCUCUCAAAGCAGCUCCAAGACUUCAGUGUGGACCGUGCCGAGUGCUUUUGCUGCUCUAACAAGCACAUUCAUCCGACCACUGGUCAAGCUUUGCCUUGCGACCGCGAAUUGGUGGUGGAAACGCUAGGAGGAUGGUUUGGCAGCACCCGCGCUUUCGAAUGGUUGGUGCGCGAACGUUUGACACAAAACGUGGAGAACUCCAUCCGGGCCGUUCUCACCGCACAGUAUCCCUUGUAUGUGGCCGUGGCCUCAACGAGCCCCCUUCUCAUCCUGAAGAUUUGUGAGAUCGCCGAAGAGGACAGCAUCUCCGUGGACUUGGUGGUGACUCACUUCGCUGAUUGGUGCAAGCUUCCUUUAGUGAACCUCCUGAGUAUUUGGCUCAUGAUCUUGGCGUGCCAAUGCGGGGCUUGCAUUUCGCGAACAUGCCGCUGGGCACCUCGGACUAUGGUGGCACUAGUGCUCUCCUGCCUGGCUUUGGUGAUGCUUUCACCCUUCUGGGCCUUCAUGGAGCUCUUGGAUGUCUACUCCAGUGGCAAGGCAGGGCUGCUGGUCUUUCCGGUCAUUUUCCUGCUUUGGUUGCAUGGCAUUUGUCGGUCGAAGCUCAUGCGUGUGCCGCGCGAGAACAAGAUGGAGAACUGGGAAGCACUCCGGCCUGAAGACCAAUCUUUAGCGCAGGAAAUGGUGGCAUCCACCUCUCCUAAGGAGUUGGGAUCGCCGACAUAUGUGAGAUCUGCUGGCAAAAUGAUUGUGCAGGUGAGAAUGCUGCGGUGUGGAGAAAGUGUUUGGAUUCUUGGAGAUGGGAGCAUCACAUGAAUGGAUUGGGUCUGUCCUACUACCUGUAACAGUCAGUAAACAAUUAUCACUAUUUUUGAACAAGGCCUUUAUUAUUUAUUAACCAUCAUCAUCCACUUGGUCAGAGCUGUAACUGUACCUUGAAGGACACACACAGCCGAUUGAUCGUGUGAUACUUGAGCUCAAAGUUCAGUGGGCUGAUGUGGGCUGUGUUCCAUUCACUUAAUAGAAGUAUUAAUGGAUUUUAGAGGACCUGAUUUAUGAAAUCAUACCCCCACUUUUUACCGCCUCAUCAUUUUGUAAGUCUUACAAAUUGUUGUUAUACCAAUGCAGCCUUAAAAGUACCUCGAUGAUGAAGACCAUGUGAUCGGCUCCAAACCGACCGCUCGGGUGCAGUGACUCGUGGUUCAGCGCGCGGUGCACCCAGGUCAAGACCCGAGACGCGACGCGGGGCCAAAAAGGAGCGAGUCGGAUGCGGCCGAUUUCUCAGUUCGUACCUCGGAAAAGGGGUACAAGAUAUUAAUAAUAUACCUGUCUUUAUGGGGUCAAGUCAUGUCAUGUCAUUGCCAUGUCCCAUUUUACCAAUGGUACUUUGGAGGGUCCAGGAUGAUAGAUGAAGUUACAGCACCAGUAUGACUAUUUUCAUAGCAGCGGUUGUCCAGGAUCGGAAAGGACUUGGGUAUUUCUUGACUGGCUGAUGUUGUAUUGCAGGAUGACUGGAGGCUUCAAGAUGUUCAUUGGAAAUUCGACCGCCUUGGUGAGCAUAGCUAGCCUAUACAGGGGACUGAAGGAUCGACUGACCUAUAGCACUGCUAUAGUAUGCCUUGCAGUGUUGGCACCGCCCAAGCUUCUGAUCGCAGAGUAGAGUUGUACAGAAGUGUUUGAACAAACAAAUCAGAGCAAGACUGCGUGAUUCCGGUUGUUUGGAGGAUGUGAUUUGCAUGAUCCUGCAGUCGUCCCUAUUGCUUUGAUCCAUCCUUUGCAGGUUACGAGC